UGGGCAACUGAAGACCGCCUUGUGCCCUGAGGCAGGUAUUGUGUGUGUGGACAUGAGAUAGCUGUGUGAACAUUGCAGUGAUGUAGUGAGGGGUCAAACCGUUCAGGGCCUUGUAGACAAGAGUAGCUUUGGCUUUUUUGUGCAGUUCAGCUACUGGGAGCCAUUCAAGUGAGUCUAGAAGGGUUGAAGUAGAGGUGUACCUGUCACAGCCUAGAAUUACCCUGGCCACCCUGUUUUGUAACUUUUGCAGUUUAUCAAUAUUCAUACUCUGGUAGAACCGGAAUGGUAGGUGAGACCACUGACACUACACAAAGUCCUUGGUAAGACACGUUCGGUGCCCAAAGCUGCCGUCCUCUCAUCUGCGAUUUGCUGAGACAUCCAAAUCUAAGUUUCCCACUAUGGCUGCCCAACAACCCGUCACAAUCCUUGUACCUUUCUGUCAGAGGGCUGUAGACUACAGCACUACGGAAAACCUGCUCCGCACGUGUGAAGGGAUCCCCGUGCGUAAAGUCAUCUUCAGCUACCUACAGGAGGGUGAAAGUCUCUUGGACUACUUCUACCGACUUAAAGAAGUUGUUACCGGAAAUGACGUAGAUGUAGUUCUGGCGAUCUAUGACAUUGCUACGCUCGUGCAGUCGGCUCUGGUACGAGAGUUCCCGAAUCGACUCGAAGGGCCGAGUGUGGAGUCGUCGUUUCUCGCCUAUCACAAGGUCUACACCAGACAGUGCCUGGACCCGGACACCGAUCAUUCUUCUCACGGCGUCUUGGACUUGGACUCAGAGACCCUUCUUGAAGAUGCUGAUGCUCUGCUAAAGAGGGUGGGGCUUCCUGCCUUUGUCAAGGUUCCUUGUGGACAUAGUUCGAUUGGGGUAUGGAAGAUCAGCAGUGGCGACCAGCUGGCGGAUGUACUGGGAGCGGUGAGACGGUUAAACGGGUUGCACUUCUCUCAGAACCAACACAGCUGCAGCGCCGCGUUCAUGCGUGACUUCCUACAGAAGGUGCUGGAUGUGGACCACUGCCCCAUGGUUCUGAGGGACACCAUUAUAGUGGAGCCGUACAUCGAUGCACCAGCAAAGGCGUGUGUGGAGGGAUGUGUCUACAACAAAGAGAUCCUCCACUGGGCCAUCUCUGACAGCCUCCACUGGCCGGGACAGGACAUCCCCUACCAGGGAAACUACAUGCCCUCUACCCUCUCAGAUGUGAUCCAGAGGCGACUGUGGGGCGGGUUUGAUAAGGUAGUGGGCAGGAUGGUGGAGCGCGGCUUCAACAACCAGUUCGUGCACGUGGAUUACUUCAUUUUGGCCGACGGACAGAUCAAGCUGAUCGAGGUAAAUGCCCGCAUGUCGGGGAAUCUGAGCGGCAUGUACGCGGCCUGCCUGUCGGGACGGGUGCAGCUACAGGCGCUCCUCGGGCUGUGCUGCGGGGUCCGUCCCGCCCUGCCUGCACCCACGGGCCGGGCCGCUCUCAACCUGCCUCUCCAAGUCCACGACAACUACACCGGGAAGGUCCGAGACAUGGUCAACCUGUCCGAGGUAGAAAUCUUAAAGGAAGACUCUGACGUCAAGAUAACUUGGUUCAUGUCUUUCGAUGACGAGUUUCUCCAUGGUAAGAUGGAGUUUGCGAAGCUUUGGACGUACGGAAAGACGCCUGACGACGCCAAGAAGAAGUGCAGGGAAGUGACACAGCGACUGGUGAAGAAACCAGAGCAGUUGAAAUUCAACUUUCCGUAAUUGAAUACAGUAGAAGCCAAUUAAUUGCACAGCGGAUAAAUACACACUUCUUUUAAUUGCACGGAAUCUCAAAGUUCGUAAUGAUGCGGUCCAGCUAAAUAACUCACUUUAUUUAUUGUCGCACUAUCCGGAUAAUUGCACAAAAUGUGCUGGCAAAUGGGUAGUGCAUUUAAACAGUUUCUACUGUACUCUGUUGCAAUGGGAAAAAUAAUAUAGUAUUGCAUGCAAUGAGGCGUUUACAUCUAAGGGCUAAAUUAAGAAUAUGACACGAAUGCAUUUUACUAACACGCUUUUCAAUAAAUGUUAACAUGCUAUAAUUAUUACUAUCCUGACUAAAUCGGGCUCCUAGUGUCCCGCCCAAUUGACUUUGGAGCCACACAUAGAGACAGAUCAAAACAAAACUAAAAGUUUUGUAUCCAUGUGAACCUUGAAAUUGUUUUCUUCUAUCUAACCGUAUGUAAGGGUGAAAAUAUAUUGAUGUUGCGUCUUUUUCCCGUCUAA